AUCAUCUGGUCGUGCUGAUUGUGUUUGGUGUUUUCAAGGCCCAAGCCAACGAAAGCUGGACGAUCAUCUUGACUUGACUUGAUAGGGCAAGGAGGAAGGUGGAAGGCUCUUCAGUUCUGCUUCAGUCUGCACUACUCUUGUCAGAGUGCCGGUACCACCUACCGGUACUGUAGUUUCAAGUAGGAUUGUAGAAUGAAGGGUGGUCGAUUGCCGCCUGGUAACACCUUCAAAUCUGCCGAACUCAACGUGUCAUGGAACCGUUUCACGAAAUCACUUUCUGUUGCUGUUGAGGACUACCUCACUGCCAAACGACUUGAGCUCUCCCACAAUAUCAGCACAUGGCAGCAAUGGAUGUUUCACCUGCCGCUUCGAUCACUACUGAUCGCCUCACUGCCGUUCCUGACCUAUCUCCUUUUCUUCGCCAACUACACAGUGCUGCGGCAUUACUCGGGCCUGGAUAGCAUCAUAGCCCCCAAUGUGCACAUACUGCCUAAGCUAGAACAGAUGCUAUGCUUUGGCUACCUGCCCCACCGGGUGUUGUCCUCGUUCGCCCAUCCCCUGUUCGACGUCCUCGCCGCCAUCCCGUACCUCAUACAUUUCCCGUUGCCCUUUCUCUACUUUUUCUGGCUGUGCAUGCGACGGCAGCACCUGGUGCUGCAAUACACCUGGUUGGCCGGAUGGCUGAACCUCACCGCUGUCAUUAUCCAGUUUGUCUUCCCCACUGCUCCGCCAUGGUUUGCGGACUCGGCCGUGUUCGACAACUCCAACCGGCUGAUCAGCUCACUGCCCAACGAGGCAGCAUUUCAACGCACCGACGCCAUACUGGGCAUAGACAUAUUCCAUGGGAUAUAUUCCAAGUCGCCCGUCAAGUUCGGCGCCUUCCCGUCGUUGCACGUCGCCUGGCCGGCGCUGAUAGCUGCAUUCGAGCCACCGUUCGGAUUCUCACUGGCCGCCUUGCACGUCGUGUGGAUCACAUUAGCGGCGCUCUACUCCACCCAUCACUAUCUUGUUGACGCUCUCGGCGGCGUUUGCCUUGUUCUCCUGCUCAAGUACUGCGUCAGAAUCACCAAUCCGUUCGUCUUCAGUACACGCACGAUACACCGGUGGACAGUCGCCGAGAGAAUCUAGACUUGUACUCAAAUUUCCUCCUCCUCCCCCCCCCCCCCUCCGUCUCUUACUUACUCAGUACGUGCCUCUGUACUCACAUAAUGGCACCCUUAUCCAACCCCGCACCACAUCAUACUAGUAUGUGCCCCGUCGUCAAUCAUUCCAUAAUAAUAUUUCUAGUAUUUCAAAUUAGCGUCACAGAACAGAUUUUUUUCUACCCAGCCAUUCGGGAUUCCAAAGUCAGUAAAGAACUAAAUACUUUUGCAUGCGGCAUCAACCAUACCUAAUUAUGAAAUAGAAUCCAUGCUAUUUAUUAUACUUGAAUUGUUUGCAGGCAACCUGCCUACACUCAAGAGAGCACUGCAUUUCACACAAAUCCAUUGGUAUCGUUACAACGUUUCGGUCUGCUAUUUAUUAUCACUAUAUUAAUCAUGGUCGUUCAUGAUUGACUUAUGUUGUAGUGUCAGCUGUUUGUUCAAGUUUUUGUUACCAUUGGCUAUUUACGAUUACCACUGUGCGUGUGACUAUCUGAUGGGUGUCAAGCCCCACAGUACAUUA